CCGCCUCACGGCCCAUGCCCACAGCAGUGGGUUGACCACCGGCUGGACUACAACAGCGAGGACUACGGCGGCAUUGCUGCCUUGCGGGUGCCCGCAGACUUGGUGUGGCUGCCAGACAUCGUCCUGGAGAACAACAUCGACGGGAACUUCGGCGUGGCGUACCGCUGCAACGUCCUGAUCUUCCCCGGGGGGGCCAUGUACUGGCUCCCCCCAGCCAUCUUCCGCAGCACGUGCUCCAUCGAGGUCACCUUCUUCCCCUUCGACUGGCAGAACUGCUCCCUCGUCUUCCGGUCCCAGACGUACAACGCCAAGGAGGUGGUGCUCGAGUUCGGCCUGGAUGACGUCACCUUCCAGCGGGUCACGGAGAUCAGGAUCGACCGGGAGGCCUUCACGGAGAACGGGGAGUGGGCCAUCCAGCACCGGCCCGCCCGCAAGGUCUUCGCCCCGGUCGCCGGCGAGGAGUCCCCGGGCUUCUCCGAGAUGCACUACUUCCUGAUCGUCCAGCGCAAGCCGCUCUUCUACACCGCCAGCCUCAUCGCCCCGUGCGUCCUCCUCUCCUCCCUGCUGGUGCUGGUGUACUUCCUGCCGGCCCAGGCCGGGGGGCAAAAGUGCACCUUGAGCAUCUCCGUGCUGCUGGCGCAGACCGUCUUCCUCUUCCUGAUCGCGCAGAAGGUGCCGGAGACCGCGCUCGGCAUCCCGCUGAUCGGCAAGUACCUGCUCUUCGUCAUGGUGGUGGCCACCCUGAUCGUCAUGAACUGCGUCAUUGUGCUCAACGUGUCCCUUCGCGGCCCCGGCACCCACGUCCUGUCGGAGCGCUUGAAGCACGUGUUCCUGGAGGUGCUCCCCGGCUACCUGGGCUCCCCCAUUGAACCGGCCGGCGAGGACCCCCGGGACGCCCCCCAGCCGCGCCGGCGCAGCUCCUUCGGGCUCAUGCUGAAGGCGGAGGAGUACGUGCUCAAGAAGCCGCGGAGCGAGAUCCUUUUCGAACGCCAGGGGCAGCGGCACGGGCUCCAGAGGACCCCCGGCCACGGCCCGGCAGGUGGGCUCGACGUGGCCCCCCCCGGCUGCCUCUUCAAGGCCCUGGCAGCCGCAGCCCCCGAGAUCAAGGAGUGCGUGGACGCCUGCAACUUCAUUUCGGAGAGCACCAAGGCCCAGAGCGCCGAUGGGGCGGAGAUGGAGAACUGGGUGCUGAUCGGGCAGGUGGUGGACAAGCUGUGCUUCUGGGUGGCCUUCGGGCUCUUCUCGCUCGGGACGGCGGCCAUCUUCUUCACGGGGCAUUUCAACAGUGUGCCGGACGACCCCUUCCCCGGGCAGUAGGCAGGGCAGCCCCGGAGCCCCCCCACCGCCAGGCCUCCGUGGGAGCAGCGCGAGGAGCACGGGCGCCCCCGCCCCCCACGACCGCCGAGCCUGGGAAGACGCUCCUGCAGGCCUUUUCCACCGCCCCCCCCGCCGGCUCCGCCGCUACCCGGGUUGUGGCUGCUCAGAGCACUGGGGGGCACCCAGCUUGGCACUGCGGCUGCGCACCCAUUUCGGGAAGCAGCUCAUUUUGGAUCCGGGGCUCUGGCCCCAUUCCCCGAGGCCCCUUUGGGGUCACCUCCUUCAGGGGGAAGGGGCUCCGGCCCACCCAAUUCUCGGUGGGCUUGCGCCCCCUUCCCAGCUGAGCCCACCCUGCUGUUUGCAAGGGCGGCUCCUGCCCCUGCCGGGGGGGGGCACUCCCUACAAGGCCGAGCGGUGUGGCCCGGGGGGGGGGCAUGGGCUCUGCAGAUGGUGCUCCAGCUUCUGCUCAAAACCAGCCCGUCGGGCUUCCCACCCAAGUCCCACAAAUGAGCGGGACCUGCAGCUCCUCUUUCCAGCAAGGUGCCGGGGGGGGGGGCACAGCUGCAUCCCACCCCACCCUUUCGAGGAGCUCCUCGGCCUCGAUCCCAAUCCCUGAGCACCGGCUCCCUUAAACAAGUGCGGGCGAGGAAUCCCCAAGAACCAGGGCCGCCCCCAGGCCAGGACUGGCAUCCCCUCAUGGCCCCAGCAGGCGUGACCCUCUGCAACGCGGACAGCUCUCCCCACAGAGGCUGCCCCACGGCCUCUCUGGCUUGCCGGCCUGGCCACCCCCCGCAGCCGCAGAGGCGAACUGAAUCAGGGGCUGCCCCCCCCCCCGAAGCUGCCCAAGGACACGGGCAUCCCGCUGCUGGGCGCCAUCCGCCUGGUCCGCGUCUCCACGGCCUCCCUGCAGCACCUGGCGCGGCUGAGCGAGCUGCACCUGCCCAACAGCAGCCUGGCGGCCCUCGAGACCCAUGGGGGGGCACUGCCCCACCUCCGGCAGUCCAGCAACCCCCUCGCCCAGCCGCCCGAGGACACAAAGCAGACGUCGGUUCAGGCACCUGGAUCUGCGGCAGAACCUCCAGGGGCGCCCCGCCAGAGCGCUGGCCUCCCACUCGGUACCCCGAGAAAUUAAAGUAGCAGUAGAGAA